AUGGAGAGUAUGAUUGCAUUGAUAAAUAAUCAAUAAAGAUAAGGUGAAUCAUUUAAAAUUAUUGAUUGUUGUUUUAUCUAUGAUAAAGAACAUCUAGAAAAUUAGGUAAAACUAAAAAUAAAAGGAAUUAUGGCUAAAGAUAACGAUAUGUUUAUUUUCAAUUUAUUACUUUUAGCUUUUUAAAAAAUAUAAUACAAAUAAUAGUGGAUUAGAGUUUUAUUCUGCAAAAAUCGAGAAAGUUUUUGGAAUUCACUGGAAGAAUUUUUAAAACUUUCUCAAGCGAAGUAAUAAUAAUUUUGUAAUUUUCUAGAAAGAGCUUAUCUACGAAGAAGAAAAAAUAAAAUGGUCCUUUUGUCCAAGACCUUAAAAUGAAAAAUGGAAUAUUAAAAAUGGAAAAAUCAGUUUAUCUCAAUCUUUUCUUCGGAAUGGCGGCUUAUUUAGUUGUAUAUAUCACUAAAAAAGUACAAGCUUAAUAUAUUUCGCUAAUUCUGAAAAUUAAUUAAAUAUAAAUUCACUUUUAAGCUUAUUUGCAGCUACUUCUAUCUCAGUUUUACAAAACUUAGUAUUUCAUUAUAAUUGA